UGGUCGGUUUGGCCGGAACAAAAUAUGCGCUGGGCACCCGGUUGCUAGAGCAAUAUACUCUGGUCUUUCUGUGGACGACACAAAACCCUCCUGUAAACUUGAAACCCUAGACUACCAUAGCCUCAUCUCUCAUGGCGGAGGAAGAAGUUGCGGCGGUGGCUGUGGCGGAGGCGGAGGAUAGCUCUUCGCCGACAGACAACAAGCGGAAACAUGAAGAUUUGGAGCCCGAGCCUCCGACGAUGGCCAGCUUGAACUCCAACGCGAACGAAUCGGACUCGAUCGUGAAAGGUAUCGAGGCGGAGGUAGUUCUUGCUGAUGAUUCCACAUCGAAACGACCUCGUUUGGAGAAGGAUCCCGACGAAUUAGUGGCUGAGAACGGAUUUCAAAAGGAGGUGGAUGAGCCUGUGACGCAGGAUGACGAACAGCCAUCUGUGGAUAUUGAUGCUAAGUCAGAUGAAGCUCAGCCACUGGCUGAGGAAGCUCUGGAGACGCUGAAUGAAGAACAACCAUCUACUGAUAUUCACCAGACAGCAGACAUUCAGCAACCCUUUGUUGAUGAUCCUCAGCUGGAAAGUGCUCAGCAAAAGCCAUCUGGAGGGGAACAUCAACCUGCAUCUGGAGGUGAACAGCUUCAGGAGCCCCCCGCAGAAGUUCCUCAACAGGAGGAUGUUCCUUCUGCAGAACAGCAACCUGCAUCUGAGACUCAAACUCUGUCACGGAAAAUGGAAAUCCCUAAUAAUAAGGUUGGAGUUCUCAUUGGCAAGGCUGGUGAUACUAUACGGUUUCUACAAAUCAAUUCAGGUGCCAAGAUUCAGAUCACAAGGGAUGCUGAUGCUGAUCCAUAUUCUGCCACCCGGCCUGUGGAGCUAAUAGGAACUUCGGAAAAUAUAAACAUGGCUGAGAAACUGAUAAAGGAUGUUAUAGCUGAGGCUGAUGCGGGGGGUUCCCCCUCCCUUGUGGCUAGGGGUUUCGGUAUGGUACAGGCUGCUGGCACUGUGGAACAAGUUCUCAUACAAGUUCCAAAUGAGAAGGUUGGUGUAAUCAUAGGUAAAGGUGGGGAGACUAUUAAAAAUCUGCAGACGAGAUCAGGGGCACGCAUUCAGUUGAUACCACAACAUCUUCCUGAUGGGGACCAAUCUAAAGAAAGGACAGUGCGCGUGGCUGGUGAUAAGAAGCAGAUUGAGAUGGCAAGAGAAAUGAUAAAUGAAGUUAUGAAUCAGCCUAUAAGGAAUUCUCCUCUCUCUGGCGGUUAUAAACAACAGGCGUUCCGUCCACGUGGACCCGCUGCUUCAGCACAAUGGGGACGCCGAGGUCCUCAUUCUCAGCCAACAACAGGGUUUGAUUAUCAGCAACGAGGGCCGUAUCCAUCUCAGAACUCGCAGUACCCACCUCAAGCAUAUGGUAAUUAUCCUCCACAACAAGGGGCUCCAAGAAGCAACUUCGGUUCAGGAUGGGAGCAAAGGCCUUCAUCAACAAUGCAGCAGGGUCCCACUUCCCAGAGUGGUAGUUAUGACUACUACGGUGGGCAAGGUCAUCAUAUGGUUGAUACUCCGACAUCUGUCCCGAUAUCUAAUCCCGUUCCUGCUCAUGGUCCCAGCCCCUAUGCUGCACCUAUGGGCCCUCCCCAUUCACAGGGAAAUUACAAUUAUGGGCAGCCAGCUCCUUAUUCCCAAACUGUGCCUCCACAGAGCUACGGGCAUGGAUACAAUGAAGCAAAAUAUGAAAACCAGGCUCCGAGUCAGCAUCCCUAUGGAGGUUCGCAGUCAGGGCCCUACCCUCAAGGUAGUACUCAUCCAGGCUAUGCUCCUCCACAGGACCAGUAUGGUAAGCCAGCAUCCUAUGGUGUGCCACCACAGCAUGGACCUCCUUCCCAAUCCUAUGGCCAGCCUAGGGCUAGUCAACCUGGUGAUAUACCUUAUCAAGGUUCAACCCAGCCAUAUGGUCAAAAUGCAGUGCCUCAACAAACAUACCCGUACGCGUCGAGCAUGCCGAUGCAGCAGCAGCAAAUUUAUCAUCCAUAUGGUUCUGCAUCUGCUACUGAUGGGUAUAAUCAGCCUCUGCCAGCCACAGGAUCCGCCCCCGUGUAUCCCCAGCAAGGUGGCCAGCCUGUUUCAGGUUAUGGUCAGCAGGGGGGUCCUGGUUCUGCUCAAGUGGUUCCGGGAUCAUACCCAUCUUCACAACCAGGUUACACUGAACAACCGGCUCAAAACAAUGUAGGCUAUGGUUACCAAGGUGGUGCUGAUCCUUCUUAUGGUAGUGCUCCUCCUGGUUCGGCUUACGGUGCACCACCAGCUGGGCAGGCUGGUUAUGCCCAACCAGCACCAACACAGCCCGGAUAUGAUCAAUCCAUCCCACAUUCGGGUGGUUAUGGAAAUUUACCAGGGGGUGGUGCACCCCAGCCUGGCCACCCUCAGUAUGAUUCGAAUCAGAUGUACGGUGCACAUCGCUGAAAAUUUUGAUAUUUGUCUUUAGGAAAGUAAUAUCAGAUGUAGAUGUUUGUUUUCCUAUCAUAUGCUAGCUUGCAUCCUUACAGAACCCUUUUUAUUUUAUUUUAUUUUAUUUUAAUACCUUUAGAACUAUGGCUAUGCGGGUUAUUGUGCUGUUUGGACGAUAUUCUAUGCAUAAUGAGCAGAACUUUUUAUGAAUUUGAUGAACCUGGAAUCGGGCAUGACCUAAGAAUAUAGGGUUAUCACAA